AACAGUCAAGCUCCACUUUUGCAAAAAGCUACUCUAAUUUCCCCUCACUUUAUAGACGGCACGCAUUUAAUAUGGCUUCUGGAUUCGGUUAUAACGGUGGUCGAGGCAGAUGCUUCAAUUUCUGGCAAGAAUUCAACAAAUGCUAUGCUAUGGCCGAUGCACCCCAAGACUGCAUCGCACAACGUGAUGAUUACUUAGAAUGCUUGCAUCACACCAAAGAGAACAUGCUUCAAAUGCCCAAGUUGGGUAAUUAUUUUGGUCAGACGGAAGAAAACCCGUUUUAACCUUCAGUUACGAUUUAUCUUUAGAUUGCCCGCGCCACCCGCAUCAAGGCCGAGGAACUCAAGCAGGCCGAUAAGAAGCGAAAGGAGGAGGCAGAGGGCCGCAAAGCUGCUGAUUCGGCUGCAAAGUCCAAUUUACCAAAACUGAAUAUCAUAGAUGAGCAGGCAAAGCAACCUGAAGCUGUCAAGGCAUAAAAUAGCCAACUAAAACAUCCCCCUUUUUCUUCUCUUACAUAAAACUUACACAGAAAUCAAAAACCAGCACAGUCGGACUGAAAUUUCUCUAUUGUAUGAUUUGAUUGCCAUUGAGAUAAAAAAAAGAUUUGACGUGAAUGCCGUCAUUGUCCUGUACUGGUUGGUAGUCG